GAUAUAUGCCUACACUUUAAGAGGGAUCGCAACAACUCUUUUUUCUAUUCUCAGUUACCAAAAUAAUAAUAAUAAUAAUAAUAAAAGGCAAGAGAAGCCAUUCACCCAAUGAGAGAUUAACACAAGAAGCUUUGUCCAGCCAUCCUAUUCCUAGUGUUCGGGUCGGGCCAAGCCCUUGGUGGACACAAGAGAUCUCACAUGCUUCCAUCAAACCCAGCAACUGCAACUGCAACUGCAACUUCAACCCAGCCGGAAAAGUCUCUGAUCGAUCUAAAUUUACCAGCUUCGAUGGAAGAUGACGAGUUCAGCGUGGUUUUUGACGCAUAAAUGAAACAUUCCCACCAAGCAUUUAUGAAAUUCACAUGGAUCUGGAGCUGGGUUUUUGAUUUUUCAACUGAAUUCUACUGUAGACCGCUAAAAGUUUCAUCAUUUUGUAGAUUGAAUUAAACUGCGUUUCACUGC